UCCUCGGGGAACUCAUGGGGGGGGCAUAUCAAUACUCUUCUCUUUUGGGGCCUUCGCACCCUGACCUGUGAGUGGCCGUGACCCGCCUCUCAUGGGAACCCAUCCAGCCGAGGAGAUGAACCUGUAAAGUUGUCUCCCUCCUCUCCUUCACCCCACACGAUACCCAGCAGCAUUUCGAUGGCCUUGUUCUCUCCCAUUAACACGGCCCUCUCCGCCUUAUCCUUAAAACGCGAACUCCGCUUGGUUCUGGCACCCAAGAGAAAUCUCUCCUUAUUUAUCACAAGAUUUUCAGCAGGUGAGGGAGUAGGAAUGGUGGGUUCUGCUGCUGGCGGCGCAGUUAAGGUGGAGGGGUCCAAGUUCAUGGAUUCGAGAUGGAUCCGAGGGACUUGGGAUUUGAAGCAAUUUGAGAAAAAUGGGAAGACUGAUUGGGAUGCCGUUAUGGAUGCCGAGGCCAGGAGGAAAUGGCUUGAAGAUUAUCCUGAAGCAUCUAGCAACGAGGAGUCCAUGGUUUUUGGUACAUCAAUCAUACCCUGGUGGGCAUGGAUCAAAAGGUUUCACCUUCCUGAAUCCGAAAGACUGAAUGGUCGUGCUGCAAUGAUCGGAUUUUUCAUGGCUUAUCUAGUUGAUAGUUUAACAGGCUUAGGUCUUGUUGAUCAAAUGGGAAACUUCUUCUGCAAAACUUUAUUUUUGAUAGCAAUAGUUUGGGUGCUGCUAAUUGGGGAAAACAAAGAUAUUGAAAACCUGAAGAACAUUCUUGAAGAGACAACAUUCUAUGACAAGCAAUGGCAAGCAACUUGGCAGGAUGAUACCACUAGUGAUUCCAAUAAGUAA